AUGGACCGUGAUACAUCUAAGUACCUAACAUUUCCCGAAAUUUCCAACGGGAAUCUUUGCACGAUGCUACUGCAACUGAUCAAACUGAAGUUGACAUUGAACUAUCUACACAUAUGCGAUUUCACUGGAUGUGAGCAAGGCUGCAAUGUUACCGAUGAUGUACUGGAAAAGAACGGGUCAAUCGGCGUCUGUCAUUGUUAUCGUGGCUUUUACUUAAACGAAGACAACAGAACCUGCAGUUUGAACAGUAGCUCCGAACCCAGUUCAGAGCGCACGGCUAACAACCUCUGUGAAAUGCCACCUCGUCGUGACGAACAGUGCCAGGCGACCACAGCAGCAUGGUAUUUUGACGGUGAGGCCGGUGUUUGCUGGUUUGUCAGAGAAAACUGUUCCGACGGCGGCCACGGAUUCGAGACUCGAAUCGACUGCAUGGAUACUUGCAGUUUUGGUCAGUGUCAUAAGAUGAGGCGCGAGUACCAGAAAAGUUUCGGGCCUAAAGUUUUCCUUCCUCAGUGCGACGUGCUUGGCGAUUUUGACGCGUUGCAAUGUGAUUACGUGUCUAACGAAUGUUGGUGCGUCGAGCCAAAGACAGGAGCAGAGAAAGGAGAUACACGAAGGUCGAUAUACAAUGGAAUUCCCAUUUGUAAAGGAUGCCUAUACAAAGUAGAGAAGCUGCGCUCGUUAAAUGUAUCCGCCAAGCAGUUUCCUAACUGUACCGAGGACGGCUUCUUCAAAGUACCUCACUGUAAGUCUGGCAGCUUUUGUCCUUCCGUUGGCCACCUGCCAUUGGACAAGCAGACCAACCUCACGUCGUUAUGCGGUACGAGUGAAAACGCGAACAACGAGUCCCUUUACACCACCACCACCACAUAUAACUUUCGAUAUCGUUUGAAUGUCGAAAACAUUAUGGAAUUGACUUGGAACGUUUCUGAUGGAACCCUUCCUAGCGUAACACCUUUACAGUUUCGACCGUUGAUCGUGAUUGGCUUCAAAUUUUCUCUUUCUCAGAUGUACUACGUGUACUUCACCGAAAAUGGCACGUAUGCGCUAGAAAAUUGGUACGUGAUCGAAAUAUACGAUUCUGAAGGAAGCUUCGGGUUUCAGCGUGUUCAACUCCCCGUAUCCGGCAGUUCCUUUACAGCGAAGAUCAGACCGAUCUAUGAACAAUGCGUCGCAGAAACGUCUCCACCGUUGACCGUUGAGUCGCCAUUGGAAUCA